CUUCCUGGAAAUGCACUAUGAGGGUUCCCUGGUGGUAACGGCGUGGAAAGCAGAGGGGUUGAAGAACGUGGACAUGAUGAGCGUCUCGGACCCCUUUGCCAUCCUCUGGACGCACUGCAAGCACAAGGCCGUCACCCGCACCAUCGACAACGACCUCAACCCGGUCUGGAACGAAACUUUCGAGCUGCCCGUCGACGACAUCCACACCGCAGAGCUCUUCAUUCAGGUGGACGACGAGGACAAUUUUGGCACCCAGAACCUGGGGUACGCCAUGUACCCGUUAGUAGGCCUCCUCAAUAAGGACACCGUGCAGACCGUCACGCUGGCGCUGCUGCCAAAGCUCGGCAACGACCGCAUGCUGGGCAUUGACCACAAGCUGGGGCGCAUCACGCUGCAG